CGCUGGCGUGACUUAACGCUUCGUGUGUUGGUGACGGUGACGGUGACCCCAAGGCUCAGUUUUUUGGUCAGUGUGUGAAAUGCUGGUUUGCCAGUAAUCUGUGAUUUUAUAUCGGAAUAACGUUGACGUAACCGAAUAGGCUCUCUGACAUUGUGAAGACUUAAUGAAUUUCGCGUGAAUCUCCGAUUUUUGAUCACCUCGACAACAUUGUUUUGAAGGCCUGUAGCUACUGCUAACUAACGUUACAGGAAAAACUCGAGCUACUGUAGCUAGCUAGCGGUGAAUCCUGGGCCGAGGAAAACAAGAGGCGCUGGUGCUAAUUGUUAUCGUUUUUGGAGCUAUACAACUCAAACCCAUUAAUCAAAUGUUGACUGGUCGUCUUAUGAAUUCGAAUGGUGGAUAUAAAACAUCGUAACAAACUGUCAGACCUUUCCCUAGCCAUUUAAUAGUAAUUUAGCAAUAACAAGCUAGCUAACUUAGCUUAUUAGCUACUUAUUCCAGUGCUUGCUAGCCAGCAAGCUAAUGCAGACAUAUUCAUUUAGCCAGCUAGCUAGCUGGUUGAAGUUCUUGGUAUGAUUUCUAAAGUACAGUAGCUAUUUAAUAUUUGUGAUGUAUGUAAGCUUCGAGUAUGACACCGUUUGGUGUCAAUUGAGAGUAAUUCACAGGUUGCUACAUCUGUUAGCUUAGUAAAUUAGCCCAGUUACCUACUCUUAAUAUCUAAUCACACUAGUAAGGUCGCUUCAGUUCGGCAACUAUAAAGGGUUAUAGCGAGGUAGGAAAGUUUCCCCAUCAAGUGUUUUUGAACAGCAAUACCAUUAAAGGUUAAUUUAAACCUUCCAUUAGCAUUGAUCAGUCAGAUUCUUUCCCCUAUGAAGCAUCACUGUCGAGAGUGGAUGUUGUCUGUAUCAGCAGAUUACGUUUGUUCUUGGCACUGCUGAUUAACGGCCAACACGUGAGCAGCUGCAGGUCAUACAAACUUACUGAACGGCCCUUGCGCGAGACUGACAAACGACACAAUGAAUCGCUAUCUGCCAGUUGCACGACAGCACUUCUUGGGUGCAUUAACCAACACUAGCGUUGUGGUGAAGUCCAUAAGUGCCAUAGUGCUACUUCUGUAUCUGCUCUCAUGGGCAGUUGACACUCCAUACGCCCUGGGUGUGACGCCUGGCUACCUCUUCCCCCCUAACUUCUGGAUCUGGACCCUGGUGACCCAUGCCGUGGUGGAGCAGCAUGUGUGGGGAUUGGUGGCCAAUGUUGGGACUGUCAUGGCCUGUGGCCGGCUGUUGGAGCCUCUGUGGGGCGCCUUGGAGCUGCUAAUCUUUUUUGCCGUGGUCAACAUCUCUGCAGGCCUCCUGGCGGGCCUCUCCUACUUGCUCACGUACGUCGCCACCUUUGACCUGGACUACUUGUUUUCUGUGCGUAUCCAUGGGGCACCAGCUUUCCUCGGGGGGGUGUUGGUGGCCCUCAAGCAGACCAUGGGGGACACAACUGUGCUGCGGGUUCCACAGGUGAGGCUCAAAGCGUCCCCGGCGCUGGUCCUCCUCUGCCUGGCCCUGCUACGCCUGUCUGGCCUGCUGGAGAAUGCCGCCCCACUGGCGGCCUACAGCUUUGGCGCCCUGGCAGGCUGGGUCUACCUGCGCUUCUACCAGAGGCACAGCCGGGGCCGCGGGGACAUGUCAGACCACUUUGCCUUUGCCUCCUUCUUCCCUGAAGUGGUGCAGCCAGUGGUGGGGCUGCUGGCUGGCCUGGUGCACGCAGCCCUGGUGAAGAUCAAGGUGUGCAGGAAGAUGGUGAAGCGUUACGACGUCGGGGCACCUUCCUCCAUCACCAUCAGUCUGCCGGGGGCGGAUCCCCAGGACACAGAGAGGAGGAGGCAGUUGGCGCUGAAGGCCCUGAACGAGCGACUGAAGAAGGUGGAGGACCAGUCGGCCUGGCCGAGCAUGGACGACGAAGAGGACGAAGAUGAGGACGAGGUUCGAGCUGACACCCCGCUGCUCUCUGGACAUGAGAGAACCUCGCCAGCAGGGGGGUCUAAUGGUUCCCAGAACACCACGGGACAGGAGUCCAGCAUCAUCAGCUUUGAGGACGCCCCCUCCAGCUCAUAACAGACACACUGAUACACACUCAGCCAUACUAAGUUUUGAAUAGCACACACACUACAUUGACUACACCCACACACACACACACACACACAAGCUCUAGCAGUUUUUGACACAUUGUCAGGCUUAUCAGUUUUUCGCUCUGACUCUCCGAAGUUGUACACAGAUUGCUCUCCUGGCCCCACCCGCAUAUGUCCAUUGAAACAUUAAUGCAAUGUACAAACACAUUGGACUCUCCCUAGUUUGUCACGUCUCUCCUGAAUAAACUAUUGAAUGGUUGUACAAAAUGUUUUUUUAAUUACAGCUCUUUUGACCCGAGACGCCUGCUCCACACCUGCUGCUCGUCUGACUCCCAGACCUUGUGUCUGAGAUGCUACGACUGGAGCAGAGACUCUUGGCAAACUCUCCAUCUGUUGCUGUGUGUUGCUAUUGUACCAGAGCAAGCUUUCAGCAGACGGAUGCAGAUUCUCAGUGGUUUUCUAGGUCAUCCUUUUGUGCUGAUUAGUGUUUAGUCUUCAAUGUCUUUGACAUCUUUUCUCUCUUCUCCAUCACUGAAAGACUGAAAUACAGUUAUGGCCAAAUAUAUAUUGGCACACUUGCACUUUUCUUAAAUAAUUCCCUAUUUCUUCUAAGAAAUAAGUUAAAAUUAAAAAUAAACAGUAACCACACAUUGGAUUUUCGACAUUGCAGAACCAAUUUAGCUUGUUUAUCAUUUUAAUUUAGAAAGUAAAGACCAAUGACAUGGACAAAAUGAUUGGCAACCUUUGGCCAAGAUAACUGCAGAUGAAUGAAUCUUGUCAUCAAUGAGCUUGUUGUACCUUUCUGCUGACAAUUCGGCCCAAUUUUCAGCAGCAUACUUCUAUAAUUCUUCACUAUUUCAGGGGGGCCGUCCACCAACUGCGGUUUUCAGAUCUCGCCAAUAGGUUUCUGAUGUGACUUCGCUGGCCACUUCAGAACAGUCCAGCAUCUCUUCUUAACCAUUCCUGGAUGCUUUUUGAUGUGUGUGGGGUUGUUGUCCUGCUGGAAGACCCACAACCUUCAGUGGAGACACAUCUUUUGGACACUGGGUUGAACACCGGACUACAAAACACUUGAUAAUCUUCUAAUUUCAAGCAACCCCACAGCAUUAUCAAACCUCCCCCAUCUUUGAUUGUAGGGAGGGUGUUAUUUUCAUUGAAAUAAUAAAAAUUUGUCAAUAAACACAGAUCUGUAUUGCCAAAUAGCUCCGAUUUUGAUUCAUUGGUCCACAGGACCUUUUCCCCAGGAUUUAGGCUUGUUUCUGUGAGUUUUUGAAGAGUUCAAACAGGCUUUUUUGUCUCCAGCAGUGGGGUCUUCCUAUGUUACCCAAAAACAAAUUAAGGAUUCAAAGAAAAUAACACCCUCCCUACAAUCAGCCAUGGGGGAGGUUUGAUAAUGCUGUAGGGUUGCUUUGCUGCCUCUGGUAGUGCAGGCCUUGAAUGUGUGCAGGACAUCAGGAAAUCUGCUGAUUAUCAAGGUGUUUUGGAGUGCAAUGUUCAACCCAGUGUCUUUGUCGAAGGUUGUGGAUCUUCCAGUAGGACAACAACCACAAACACGCAUAAAAAGCACCCUGGACUGUUCUAAUAGCCAGUGAAGGGUCCAGAUCUGAAUCACAUGUGUGAUGAUCCAUCUAUGGCGAGAGAGGGCACUUCUCAAACAUUGAAGAGUAAGAGCAGUUUGUUGCUGAAGAGUGGGCCAAAUUGCCAGUGGAAAAGGUACAGAGAGCUUAUUGAUGGCUACAAGAAGCAUUUGUUGAAAUGCAUCUUGACUAGAUCCUGGGUGCCAAUCAUUUUGUUCAUGCCAUUUGUCUUUAUUUUCUAAAUGAAAAUUGUAAACUUAAGUUUACAAAAAAUUAAACUGGUUCUGCAAUGUGGAAAAUCCAAUAACAAUGUGUGGAGACCAAACUUUUUUUUUCUAUUUCAACUUAUUUUAGAAGGGUGACAAUAUAUUUGGCCUCAACUGUAGGUCUAGGUUUACCCCCCAGCUAUUUUACCACUGCUAGAUCUUCUGUUUUCAAAUGUUUCCAACAUUUAUGGGACACCUGAUAAUUGGACAAGUUGCUCUGUGGAUGAUGAUGAUGUGGUUCCUGUUUUGAGUUGUUUACUUUUGCUCGGAAGUCGGAGUUGGAUUACUCGAAGGGGAACCAUGGCCAUAAUAGAUUGACGGUGUGUGGGUCUAUCUUCCUUUUUGUUCAUACUGUUGAUUUGAGUUCUGUCCGAAUCUUUAGUUUUUCUGGCCAGACAGUUUUAUUUGGUUUCUUUUUAUCCGAAUGAGUGUGUAACAGGGAGAGGUAGAGGACUAGAUGUUGUAGACAGUGGUUUCCUGUCAUUUCUGGAUGGUUUUGGCCUGACAAAGUUCAGCAGCUUUUGACAAUGACGGAGCAAUACAGCCACUGAUGCAGUCUUGACAGGCUCUCUUCUCCCCAGGGAACAUCUUGUCGAAAUCUCUUGCUCUUUGUUUCUUUCUAGUUUCUCCUUUUUUCCCCACAAUCUGUGUCAUGUCUCUGAAUGUUGGUUAAGAUAAGAUCUGCACUCUUGAGUCUUUAAAUCAAAUACCUUAUUAAUGAGGUUUGAAAUGUUAAGGUGUGGUGAAUGAUGCCAAUACGGAUGCAGUUCUGUUUAAUUUGUUGGUGAAGGUGACUGAAGGAUUGGUUCUGAUGCAUUCUGUUUAAUUUGUUGGUGAAGGUGACUGAAGGAUUGGUUCUGAUGCCGUUCUGUUUAAUUUGUUGGUGAAGGUGACUGAAGGAUUGGUUCUGAUGCAGUUCUGUUUAAUUUGUUGGUGAAGGUGGCUGAAGGAUUGGUUCUGAUGCAGUUCUGUUUAAUUUGUUGGUGAAGGUGGCUGAAGGAUUGGUUCUGAUGCAGUUCUGUUUAAUUUGUUGGUGAAGGUGGCUGAAGGAUUGGUUCUGAUGCAGUUCUGUUUAAUUUGUUGGUGAAGGUGACUGAAGGAUUGGUUCUGAUGCAGUUCUGUUUAAUUUGUUGGUGAAGGUGACUGAAGGAUUGGUUCUGAUGCCGUUCUGUUUAAUUUGUUGGUGAAGGUGACUGAAGGAUUGGUUCUGAUGCAGUUCUGUUUAAUUUGUUGGUGAAGGUGGCUGAAGGAUUGGUUCUGAUGCCGUUCUGUUUAAUUUGUUGGGGAAGGUGACUCGAAGCUUGAUUUUCACAGAUUUUCCGUGCACCAGACAGGUUCCUCAGAUUUCCACUAAUGAUGUGUUUCUCUUUGUACCGUGACCGUUGCGCAGACUCCUAUUUAGUUUCAGAUAUUUCUCUGUCUCUAUAUGAAAUAAAAUACGAUUGUAUGAAAUGUAA